GUUCGCAGGGGUUGGUGUCCCUCCCCUGUGGUGACGAAAAGGGGGUCCAUUUCGGGUGGUUUGUGAUGUGACCGGAAGUGACGAUCGAGAAGCGUUGGGAUUUGGUGUUGUUCCAGUGGUGAUGUGAUGAGAAGUGACUGAGAUGAAGGCAAAAGAGGGAAUUGAUUCAUCUCGUUAUCUUCCAUAUUUCUUUCUUAGGUUUUCAUCAUUGUUCAGCGUGAUGUAGAUCAAAGGACGCUAAAUAGAUGAAGGUACUUAUGCACAAAGAUAGCAUUUUGGAAAAUGUAUAGGAGAAGAAAGUAUCCUUAUUUUCUAUAUCUUAAAGGGAAAUAAACAAGCACUUACCAGGCUAACAUGACUCUAACAUAACAGACGCAUUGGAAGCGAGAGCAGAAUGCAGCACCCACGUCAAGGGGAGGAGGCCCUGCCCCUCACUCUCCCUCCGACCCAGCCCAAGUGCAACCACUGCCACCUUCCCUUAAGUAAGGCCAGAAGCUCGGCAGCGCAUCAACUCACUCGAGGACGAGACGAAUCGCCAGAGGAGAGAGCGGAACGAGAAAGGGCAGACGCACACGAGGUGAAGCUGAGACUCCGGCCCAGGCGAUCCUCCCUGACGAUCACUUGCCAGAAGGAAUUUAGUAACUUGUGUUCGCCCGCCUUGAGUGGCAGCAGCGACGCUCUCAGGAGGAUCAGCAUGACGUCCUCGUCCGAUCCUGAAGAGGAUUACGCCGAGAAGCUGAAUUUCUCGGCCUGGAAAAGCGUCAGUCACGACCUGGACAAGACGCCGCAGUACCUCCCAAUGAACGUCAAAGAAAAGCCGCCUCUCUCAUCAUGGAAGAGCUGCUCGGCUCUUCAGGGAGAGAGAGAGCGAAAGCCAGACACCUUUGACCGAGCCACAAACCCUCGCCAGAGCUGGUCGUCGACCUACGAACGACGAAAGUCCGUGAGCUUCGACCUGCCAACGGUACAGCAGAUCAUGACCUACCCCCCUGAGGCCUGCUGUCCAAAGUGUCAAAAGGGACCUCGAAAGCCCAAGAGUCUGGGAAGCAUGAACAAAGCCCUGAAGAAGUCCUGGAACAAAGGUAUUGGAAAACUCCACAUGCCCAAAAAUAGUUCAGCAAAGGAAAAGCCUGAGAAACCAGAAAUAAAGCCACAGAAUUUAUCGCCCCUUCCUUUCACGCGAAAAAAGAACGUCGUGAAGCCAAUCCCACCACCUAAGAAGCCUCUCACGGAAUCCCUAAGUGCUUCCCCAAUGACCUUCCUCAGAAAGAAGAAAGUAGAGUUAGAAAAUGCGUCUUCGGUCCGAUCCAGCACAGGGAGUCACCUCUCCGAACACCUUGGCAAGCUGAGUAAUUUUAAGGUCAACUUCCAAAGGCUGAGACAUCCUGCUCCUUUUGAACCAACACUGACAGGAUUCGCCAAAGACGCCAGUGAAUUCUCGUACUCAUCUAAGAACAAGAAGGCAGAAGGAGAUUCUGUCUCUAUCACAAGUUUCACGAGUAUCGAGUCCUCUGCCUCUGCGGUCAAGAAAAUGAAGAAAAAUAAGCUAGGAGGCAAAAAGCUUUACAAGAUGCCAGGCGUUAGUGAGCAGGAAGUGAAACUGCGGCCUCCAGUGAAACCCAAAUCCUCUGGCCCCUUAAAGGCUUUCAAAACUGCAAUUGGAAAAAAGUCCAAAAGCACAAUGGAUUUGAGUGCUUUGGACAGAAACCCGGACAACGCCCUCUCGAGGAGCUACGACGAUAUUCUCAAGGAAAAUAAUUUCCCAACUCAAGAGGAGUUCAUGGUUGAUGUGAGGAUGCUGACGCUCAGCCACGACUACAUAGAACCUGGAGACUUUGAUGAUGAUGAUGACUACUAUCCAUAUGUGCCGCGGCGGAGGUCCUUGGCGGAGCCUGAGACGAGAAGCCUCACAGGUAAGGACUCGACUUCAAAGGGGAGUUCUUCUUCACUGAUGUCCAAAAUGGAAGAACCCAAGAGACCAGUUCCUGAGAAAAGGGAAAACCCCCCAGCAAAGAUCUGCAGAGAAGAAAGGGCCGAAAAGCAAGCUGAGGAGAUAGCAAAGGUUGAGGAACUAGGGAACCAAAAUACCGAAGGCGGUAGCGAGAAUGUGAGUGAACCUCCUAACAAGAGUCCGUUGUCCAAACGAGGAUCUGUCCACGACAUCAUCCUCAAAUACGAGACACUGGAGAGGUGCAAAAGCCAUGAGAAAAUUACCCCACCCUCACAGAUCAAGCCUCCAAUUCCCCCCAGGCCUCGAAAGAUAUCCAAGACCCACAGCAUUGAUGGCUUGACGGCAACAGCAGCGAGACCCAUACAGAGAAAGCACAAGGGCCACUCCUCAGCUGAAGACGCUUCCUGGUUCGACCGAGAACUGGCAAGUCUCAGUGACAGUGCGACACCCUCUUGGAAAGACUCCUCUUGGAGAGACUCGGCUCCUUGGGCUCAAGACUACAAUACAAGGAUAAAAAAUAAGGGGAAGAAGCCUAUGGCAACUCCGAGAUCGUCCCUGAUGCCGUCGAAAGAGGGACAAAUGCCUGAUGAAGAACAAAGGACAAAAGGUGAGUGUCUGGCCACAGGUGGAUCACAAGAAAACGAAGACGAGAAAGUGCAAAGUGAAAAAGGAAAUGUGGUUCGUGAAAUGGACAUACCUUGCGUGAUUGUAACUUCGGAAGUCGAUGACAUCGACGAAAACGACAAGCAAGAGAAGCAGAGUGAUGACGCUGAGCAGGGGAAAUCGAGUCCCAUUCCGAUUCAACUUGCGGAUCUAAAGGAAUACCCAAAAGAGGUAAGUUCAAGGAAGUCCUCAGCUGAAGAAAAGUAUCCCGUAAAACACACUCUGAGUUCAAGUUCAACAGAGGAGCAAGGUUUCCUCUCCUCUCUUCACCGCCUUGUGAUGAAGACGCCGAGCUUGAGCUCAGGUGACGACCAGCCAAGCCUCAAGCAGAGGAUUGUCAAGCGGCUUUCCAGUGUGAGUUCCGCAGAGGAUCGCGAAGCAUUAGAGAGAUCCUUGGGGAAGUCUUCGCCGCGAGGAUCUGGCAAGAAGAUCCCCCCGAAGCGACCUCCUCCGCCGAAGCUUCCUCUCGAGAAACUCAACAGCUACAACCAAUAUCUCUACAUCGACCACACGAAAGUGCCCGAGACGCCGCCUCCGCCGAAACCGCCACGGCUCUUUCAGAUCCUGUCCGGCUACAGGAAGCCCCCGGAGUCCCCCUUCCUCUCCAGCGUUCACAACUACCGCCGCUUCUCCCUCGUGGAUAGCGACUGCGAGAUCAUCCGCUCGGGAAUCUACGCUAAGCAGCAGCAGUCCGACGAGAUCAGCCAUCCCGACUCGGCCACGGACGGAGAGACCGACGGCGGCGAGACCUACACCAAGUACCGUCUGGGGGAGACCACCGACGACGAGUCCCUGUGCGACUUCGCGGUGGCCCCCGAGCAAGACGACGCGCUGGAGAUGCCGCCAGAGUCCCCGCAGCCGCGCGAAACGGACUCCCCAGCGAGGUCUGACGAUGAGAACAACGACAAUGAUCCCUAUGACGAAGGUGAGAAGGGCCAGGGGAAGGUUGUGUCGCCCUUCCCCUACUUUGCGUCGGCGCCGUGUGACAUGGCAUCUCCUCAGAGCGAGUACGAUAAUGUCGGGCACGACCAGCAGAGUUGGGCGACUAGUAAAUCGGAGGCAAGAUGCAUUGAGGUGAUUCUGGGACCAGAGUCCAGCCAGAAUGAGCAGCAGAGUGACAAGAAGGAUGCUAAUAAGGGAACAGGCGAUUGCAUAAAUUACCCUGACCAUGCUGACAUCGUAACGAAGUUGAGCCAAAGGAGACGUCGUUCCGAGAGCGAAAGCUCCAACAGAAGCUUUCGUGAAGAGCGCCGAAAUUCAAGGCUCUUGGACGCGACGGCCUCGGGGUCUUCGACGCCGGCGAGGGAAGCUUCCAAGUCUCCUUCGCCUGUCCCGGCGCCGCGGUCCCGCCCAGUGCCGUCGCCCAGGUCCUCCAAGCCGUCUUCGGCGCCGUCGUCACGCCCGACUUCAGCCAUGUCGACCACGGACCGCCCCCUCCUGGCGAUGUUCUUCGAAAAGCUCUUGGAGAACCAUGCGAACCAGGGAGAGAGCGCGAGGCUCAGCAUAUCGGCGAACGACCUCGACAACUCGCAGGCCAAAGCAGAGUCGCCGCGCGGAGCUCCGAACGCAUCGAAAUCCGAGAACGACAUUCUCGGCGACGCCGCUCGGAGCGAGGCCGCCAGGGACCACAGGAAGGACCCCGAGAGGAGUACCUCGUCCCCGGCAACCUCCGCGACGUGCAGCGACGUGAGUUCGCUGUGCGAGUCGCCGAAGUGCUUCAGCAAGAGCUUCGUGGGUAAACGGCCCACGGUAGACCACGGGCGCCUCGAGACGCGGCGCUGCGUCUCCGAGAACGAGCUUCUGGAGGCGAUGUCGAAGAGCGCCCGCGCCUCGCCCACGUCGUCCAACGCCAGCGCGCCCGCACGGCCGCACCCUCGGCCGCGGCAGAGACCCGCGCUCACCAGGAGCAACGCCGUCAUCUCCUCCAGCGACGAGGACUUCCAGGAGAGCUCGCAGGACGCGGACGCGGUGGUGGUGGUGCCGGGAGGGCGCAAGCCUCCUGCGAGAGGCGUGUGGGUGCGGAGGGCGUCGGACUCCCUCCUGACGGGGGCCAGACACCUCGACGACACGGGGGGGAAGAAACACUCCUUGACCGAAACCGGUUACUCAGGGGACUCCGAAGACGAUGAGGAGAGUCGACCUUCGCUGACGGAGAAAGAGCGGUGUCUCGUACGUCGAAAUUCCAGCCUUAACACACAGCUCUCUCGCCUUCAGCUGCACGUCAAGACACUCAGCUGCGAGAACAAUUCGCUGAAAAACAAGAUGGAGGUCGAACUCGAGCGGCCGCUGGAGUUCCGCGAGAAGGAACGCCACCGCCAGCGCGAGGUCCAGGUGCUCAAGAAGAAGAACUCGGAGCUGGCCACCAUCACCAGGAAACUCGAGGAGAAAGUGCGCAGCCUCGAGAAGAAAACCAAAGAGUCGCCCUCCACAGAGAGACGGAACAACUUCCUGGCGAGGCAGAAGGAGAAGGACGCGAUGUACGAGAAACAGCUGCUGGAACGCGACCGGGAGAUCCAGAGACUCAAGGCGCGGAUGAAGGAACUGGUUCGGAAGCUCACCGGGAAAAAUGGAGAGAUCACGCGAGCGCAGAGCACCCUCGAACUGGAGCAGAUCAUUCGCACCGUCGCCAAGGAGAGGUUGCAGCUGGAGCGCCACCUGGCCGUCGCCAAUGAGGGUCUCUCUCGCGGCGAGGCGGACGUGGCGCGGCUGGCGUCGUUGGAGGAGACGAACAGUACCCUGAAGCAACAGUUGGAUGACCUGGAACUGCUCACCCGCCAGCACCACACCCUCCAGAGGCACGUGCAGGAGAAGGACCUCGAGUGCGUCACCCUCAAGGAGAAGCUGAAACUCAAGAACGAGCUGUGUCAGGAUCUGGAUGUCGCUCUACAACACCCAGAACAGGAGUGCCAACUAGCCCGCGUCAUCGAGAAGAACACAGAGCUCACGAUACAGAAUUCGGAUCUUCAGAAGCAGAUACAGGAACUACAGCAUGUCAGCGAAGAGUGCAAGACGCUGAAACACACCCUCACCCAGGUGGAGACGGACUGGUCGUCGGCCAAAGUUCAAGUCGGGAGCUUACAGGGCAAAGUCGGCACCCUGGAGUCUGUACUUCGGCUGGACGAUGUCUACGGGCUGGCAGAUGGUCCGAGGGCCAGGGGGGGCAACUCUCUCGAAGCCGUCCUGAUUCAAAUGAAAGAAGCUGCGGACAAGCGGCGAGAACUCGAACGGCAGCAUGCGGAGGCGUUGGCCCAGCUGCGGGAGCGCCAGUCGGCCAUCUCGGACACCAGCCGCUACAACGACAAGGACCGCAAGGCCUCGGUGGAGGUCAUUGAGGCACUGCAGUCCAAGAUCCGCGAGCUCGAGAAGAAAGCCGAGGCGCAGAACCUCCGGCAUGAGGAGCUCCUGCUGGAGAUGCAGAGCCUGAAGAAGGCCCAGGGCUCCCCCAAGAACUCGUGGUCAAGGUCGGGCUCUCUCAGCGCCGAACUCCAGAGCCCCGACUCGGGUGACGUCACGCCGGACAAGAACCUGGUGAACGGCAACAUCCCGGGCGUGCUGAUGCCACAGUACGAGACGGACAACAGAGUGCUGGACGUCCUCGAGAUCCCGGGGAAAGGUCGCUGCCACGUCUAUAUCGCCAGAUACUCGUACGACCCCUUCCAACACUCCCCCAACGAGAACCCCGAAGCUGAGCUGGCGGUGAAUGCUGGGGACUACGUGCUGGUGUGGGGCGCCAUGGAUGAGGUAGCACCAAGGACCAUUGAUGGAUUCUUCGACGGUGAGCUGUUGGACGGCAGGCGGGGGCUUGUUCCUUCCAAUUUCGUGGAGAAGCUUGUCGGCGAAGACCUGAUCGAGUUCCAUCAGUCUGUGGUCAUGGGCCUGCGGGAUGGAGACGAGUCCAUGUCCACCUCAGUGCCGCAGGACCUCGACUUCAUUUCACAAGACGAGUCGCAGUUGAUAGAAUUGGCCGCCAACCAGACAAGACACAAUGCUUACACGAGCUACAUAGAUCUCGAAGAUAUCAUUGAAGAGGAAGAGGAGACGCUGGGAGAGCAUGACCUCUUCUUCUCGGUGCUAGUCCCACCGCCGGUCCAGCUCACCCUCGAGAGACAGCUCAACAAGAGCAUCCUCAUCGGCUGGAACCCCCCGCCCGACGCGCCCCCAGGAUCCAUCGAGUCCUACCACGUGUACGUCAACGGACUCCUCAAGACCACAGUCCGGGCCAGCGAGAGGACACGGGCGCUGGUCGAGGGCGUCGAUUCAACCAAGCUACACCGAAUCAGCGUGCGUUCGGUGACGCCCAACCGCCGCACCUCCCGAGACGCCGCCUGCACCAUGGUGAUUGGGAAGGACGCGCCCUUGGGACCUACGAGCGUCAAGGCGACCUCCAUCACCUCCACCUCCGCCGUCAUCUCCUGGCUGCCUUCCAACUCCAACUUCCAGCACACCGUCUGCGUCAACAACGUGGAGGUUCGGACGGUGAAGCCAGGCGUGUACCGGCAUACCAUCACAGGUCUCUCCCCCAACACGACCUACCGCGUGACCAUCCGGGCGAAGAACCUCCGGGCGCCGCAGUUCGACGAGAAGGCCACCAGGAACCAGGACCGCCUUUCCACCACCAUCGAGUUUCGCACGUUACCCAAGGGGCUUCCGGACCCCCCCGUGGACGUGCAGGUGGAGCCCGGCCCCCAGGAUGGCUCGCUGCUCGUCACGUGGCUGCCCGUCACCAUCAACAGCACGGGCGGCACGUCCAACGGCGCCCCCGUCACCGGAUACGCGGUCUACGCCGACGGCAAGAAGGUCACCGAAGUCGAGAGUCCGACGGGAGACCACGCGCUCAUAGACCUGACGAAGAUCCCCGGGUUCGAGCCCAAGCAGGUGACGGUGCGGACAAAGAGCCGGGACAGCGUAUCGGGAGACUCCGUGCCCAGCCAGAUACCCAGCCACUUCGCCAGGGGACGAGGCCGAGGGAAGCUAGAAGAGGAUGAGGCUCUGUUGCACUCAGACAUGGACCGGCCGUCGGAGCUGUCUGACAUCGCCGAGGAGAGUGAGACUGAGUUGUCUGACGAGGACAUGCAUGCCGACGGCCACAAGCCCGGCCCGCACCACGGCCUCGGCGGCCCCCACCAUGGCCCGCCCGGCCCGCACCACGGCCCGCCCGGGGGGCCCCACCACGGCCCGACGGGGCCAGGCGGGCUGCGGGACAGGCUGCUGGGCCGGCGCGGCGCCCCCGCGCCCGGCGUGCGGACGGACCACCUCGGCCAGACCAUCCUCGAGCACGAGGACAACCUCAGCGACAAGGAGAUCUACCCGGGCCACCAGCAGGGCCAGAUGGCCCCGCAGACGUCCAUCCCCGCCAUAGGCCCAGCGAGAAGCGGCCUCGCCAGGCUCUCUAGCUCUUUAUUCAAUACAAUAGGCAAAGGCGUCUCCCGUGCCAGACAAAUAACCAAAGACCCCGCCAGCGAGACCCACCCGCCGCUCGAGGACGACUACGAGGUGAGCCAGGGCGGCCGCGGGCGCUUCGACCCCCGCAGCGCGCCCCCGCGGUCGCACCUGGAGCGCGGGCGGCCCCCUCCCCCGCCCCACCACAACCGGCCCAUGAUGCGCGACCCCAGGGACCCCCGGGACGUGCGGGACCCCCGCGACCCGCACUACCGCGACGGCCGCGACCCCAGAGACCCCCGCGACAGACGGGACCCCCACAUGCGGGACCCGCACGCCCACCGGGACCCCAGGGACCCGAGGGACAUGCGCGACCGCUACGAGGGCGACGGGCGGCACCGGGGCGAAUACGGGCGCGACUACCCUGGCGGCAGAGGCGAGGGGCGCGGCGGCGGGCGCGGCGGCGGCGGCCAGGGGGACCAGCACACGCGCAUCUUCGUGGCGCUGUUCGACUACGACCCGCCCACCAUGAGCCCGAACCCCGACGCCUGCGACGAGGAGCUGGGCUUCCGCGAGGGCCAGCUCAUCCAGGUCACCGGAGACAAGGACCCCGACGGCUUCUACUGGGGCGAGCUGGGCGGCAGGCACGGAUACGUCCCCUGCAACAUGGUGUCCGAGGUGCAGGUUGAUGACGACCGUGUGGCCCAGGAACUGCUAAAAGAGUCAGAUGGAGGACGGCGAAGGAGGGAUGGCUCAGUGGGCCGACGACACCAGGGUGACCGCUGGGGGGACAUCUAUGCGAACAUGCCUGUCAAGAAGAUGAUAGCCAUGUAUGACUAUGACCCCCAAGAGCUCUCACCAAAUGUCGACUCUGAGGUGGAGCUUUCCUUCCAAACGGGCGACAUCAUCUACGUUUAUGGCGACAUGGAUGAUGACGGCUUCUACAUGGGUGAACUGGGGGGCCACAGGGGGCUUGUGCCUUCUAACUUCCUGCAGGACGCACCCCAGGACUACGCCGAUGAUCACAGGUCGCGCCGUGAUACCUUAGACCCCCGUGAUCGAGCUCCUCCCCCGGGCCAGUCAGGGCGAGGUCCCGGCCCGGGCGCACAUGGCCCACCACCACCUCCGCGCCCAGACCAGCGAGACCGCAGGAAAGGAUAUGAGGGGGGCCCAGGGGGGCCAGGGGGACCACCACCAAGACCACGGCACCACCACCGGGGAGAGAGGCUGUAGGUCGGUGUCCCGCGAGAGGGGCGCCGCCGCCGCGACCGCCAAGACCUCCGCCGCGCCCACCGCCAGCACCGCCGGCGCCGCCUCCACCACGAGCGCGUCUGCCGCGGCGCGCGCCAAGAUGAACGGCAUGGAUCUGCUAGACGAGGA